AUGCUGGGUACAGCGGGAGAGGGAAUAGGGGUCCAAGAUCCUACCAUUAACUUGGAUCCAGGCAGUGGGAGCCUGGUAAAAGAGUUGGAGCCAUUUAAUAAAUUUUGGGUCGAAGCCAAACAUGCAAAGACAUUCCCACAGGUAGCCCCAUUCCAUGGAGUCAAAUGCCUUAGCAGCAUCCAGGCUGACCACCACCCGGGAUCCAGUAUUAUCGUUAGUUUAAGAAUGUGGGGUAGCAACGCUCGGGGGAGGCCUUAUUCCUGUUCUGAAUGUGGCAAAUGCUUUUCACAGAAGUCCAAUCUUUCCAAACAUCAGAGAUCUCACACAGGGGAGAAGCCAUAUUUCUGUGCUGAGUGCGGAAAAUAUUUUUCACGGAAAUUUGAUCUUUACACACAUCAGAGAUCUCACACAGGAGAGAAACCUUAUUCCUGUUUUGAGUGCGGAAAAUGUUUUUCACGGAUAUCUGUUUUUUACAACCAUCAGAGAUCUCACACGGGUGAAAAACCUUACUCCUGUCCUGAGUGUGGGAAAUGUUUUACACAGAAGUCCCAUCUUUAUAGACAUCAGAAAUCUCACACGGGGGAGAAGCUGCAUUCAUGUCCUGUGUGCGAGAAAUGCUUUUCACAAACGUCUGAUCUUUACAUACAUCAAAGAUCUCACACGGGGGAGAAACCUUAUUCCUGUCCUGAGUGCGGGAAAUGUUUUUCAGUGAAGUCCAAUCUUUCCAAACAUCAGAGAUCUCACACGGGGGAGAAACCAUAUUCCUGUCCUGAGCUUCCAUGUCCUGAGUGCGGGAAGUGUUUUUCAAUGAAGUCCAAUCUUUCCAGACACCAGAGAUCUCACACGGGGGAGAAGCCUUUUUCCUGUUCUGAGUGCGGAAAAUGUUUUUCAGUGAAGUCCCAUCUUUCCACACAUCAGAGAUCUCACAUGGGGGAGAAUCCGUUUUCCUGUUCUGAGUGCGGGAAAUGUUUUUUACAGAAAUCCAAUCUUUCCAAACAUCAGAGAUCUCACACGCGAGAGAAGCCUUUUUCCUGUCCUGAGUGCGGGAAGUGUUUUUCACAGAAAUCCAAUCUUUCCACACAUCAGAGAUCUCACACAGGGGCGAAGCCUUUUUCCUGUCCUGAGUGCGGAAAAUGUUUUUCAGAGAAGUCCAGUCUUUCCAAACAUCAGAGAUUACACACGGGGGAGAAGCCUUUUUCCUGUUCUGAGUGCGGGAAAUGUUUUUCAAUGAAGUCCAAUCUUUCCAGACACCAGAGAUCACACACGGGGGAGAAGCCUUUUUCCUGUUCUGAGUGCGGGAAAUGUUUUUCAGUGAAGUCCCAUCUUUCUAAACAUCAGAGAUCUCACACGGGGGAGAUGCCUUUUUCCUGUUCUGAGUGCGGGAAAUGUUUUUCAGAUAAGUCCCAUCUUUCCACACAUCAGAGAUCGCACACGGGGGAGAAGCCUUUUUUCUGUUCUGAGUGCGGGAAAUGUUUUUCAAUGAAGUCCAGUCUUUCCAAACAUCAGAGAUCUCACAGAGGGGAGAAGCCUUUUUCCUGUUCUGAGUGCGGGAAAUGUUUUUCAGUGAAGUCCAAUCUUUCCAGACACCAGAGAUCACACACGGGGGAGAAGCCUUUUUCCUGUUCUGAGUGCGGGAAAUGUUUUUCAGUGAAGUCCCAUCUUUCUAAACAUCAGAGAUCUCACACGGGGGAGAUGCCUUUUUCCUGUUCUGAGUGCGGGAAAUGUUUUUCAGAUAAGUCCCAUCUUUCCAGACACCAGAGAUCACACACGGGGGAGAAGCCUUUUUCCUGUUCUGAGUGCGGGAAAUGUUUUUCAGUGAAGUCCAGUCUUUCCAAACAUCAGAGAUCUCACAGAGGGGAGAAGCCGUUUUCCUGUACUGAGUGCGGGAAGUGUUUUGUAAAAAAAUCAGACCUUGUUAGACAUCAAAGAUCUCACACAGGGGAAAAGCCAUAUUCCUGCCCUGAGUGUGCAAAAUGUUUUUCAAGAAAGUGCCAUCUUAGCGCACAUCAGAGAUCUCACACAGGAGAGAAGCCAUAUUCCUGUCCUGAGUGUGGAAAAUGUUUUUCAGAGAAGUCCAGUCUUUACAAACAUAAGAGAUCGCAUACAGGGGAAAAGCCAUAUUCCUGUUCUGAGUGCAUGAAACAUUUUUCAGAGAAGUCCCAUCUUAACACACAUCAGAGAUCUCACACAGGGGAGAAGCCGUAUUCCUGUCUUGAGUGCAGGAAAUGUUUUUCAGAGAAGUCCAAUUUUUACACCCAUCAGAGAUCUCACACGGGGGAGAAGCUGUUUUGCUGUCCUGAGUGUGGGAAAUGUUUUUCAGUAAAGUCUAGUCUUUACAGACAUCAGAGAUCUCAUACAGGAGAGAAGCUGUAUUCCUGUCCUGAGUGUGGAAAAUGUUUUUCAAGAAGGUGCCAUCUUAACAGACAUCAGAGAUCUCACACAGGGGAGAAGCCGUAUUCCUGUUCUGAGUGUGGGAAACAUUUUUCAGAGAAACCCCAUCUUUACACACAUCAGAGAUCACACACGGGGGAGAAGCCACUUUCCUGUCUUGAGUGUGGGAAAUGUUUUUCUGUGAAGUCCAGUCUUUACAGACAUCAGAGAUCUCACAAAGGGGAGAAGCCAAAUUCCUGUACUGAGUGUGGAAAAUGUUUUUCAAGAAGGUCCCAUCUUAACGCACAUCAGAGAUCUCACACGGGGGAGAAGCCGUAUUCCUGUCCUGAGUGUGGAAAAUGUUUUCCAAGAAAAAAACAACUUAACAGACAUCAGAGAUCUCACACAGGGGAGAAGCCGUAUUCCUGUUCUGAGUGUAGGAAACGUUUUUCAGACAAGUCCAGUCUUGUUUGCCAUCAGAGAUCUCACACGGGGGAGAAGCCGUAUUGUUGUUCUGAGUGCGGGAAAUGUUUUUCAGUAAAGACCAAUCUUUCCAGACAUCAGAGAUCUCACACGGGGGAGAAGCCUUUUUCCUGUACUGAGUGCGGGAAGUGUUUCCAUUCUAAAUACAAUCUUAAUAGGCAUAAAAGAUCUCACACGGGGACGAAGCCGUAUUCCUGUGCUGAGUGCGGGAAAUGUUUUUCAGUGACGUCCAAUCUUUACACACAUCAGAGAUCUCACACGGGGGAGAAACCAUAUUCCUGUCCUGACUGUGGGAAAUGUUUUUCAGUGAAGUCCAGUCUUUACACACAUCAGAGAUCUCACACAGGAAAGAAGCCGUUUUCCUGUCCUGAGUGCGGGAAAUGUUUUUCACAGAAGUCCAAUCUUUACACACAUCAGAGAUCCCACACAGGGAAGAAGCCGUAUUCCUGUCCUGAGUGCGGGAAAUGUUUUUUACGGAAGUUCAAUCUUUCCACACAUCAGAGAUCUCACAAGGGGGAGAAGCCGUAUUCUUGUCCUGAGUGUGGGAAAUGUUUUUCACAGAUACCCAGUCUUUACACACAUCAGAGAUCUCACACCGGGGAGAAGCCGUAUUCCUGUCCUGAGUGCGGGAAAUGUUUUUCACAGGUAUCCCAUCUUUACACACAUCAGAGAUCUCACACAGGGGAGAAACCGUAUUCCUGUCCUGAGUGCGGGAAAUGUUUUUCACAGAAGUCCAAUCUUUCCAAACAUCAGAGAUCUCACACGGGGGAGAAGCCGUAUUCCUGUCCUGAGUGCAGGAAAUGUUUUUCACAGAAGUCCCAUCUUUACACACAUCAGAGAUCUUACACGGGGGAGAAACCGUAUUCCUGUUCUGAGUGUGGGAAAUGUUUUUCAGAUAGGUCCAGUCUUUCCAAACAUCGGAGAUCUCACAUGGGGGAGAAGCCGUAUUCCUGUCCUGAGUGUGGGAAAUGUUUUUCAGAUAAGUUCAGUCUUUUCAAACAUCAGAGAGCUCACACAGGGGAGAAGCCAUAUUCCUGUCCUGAGUGUGGGAAAUGUUUUUCAGUGAAGUCCAGUCUUUCCAGGCAUCAGAGAUCUCACAUGGGG